AUGACAUAUCCGACCUUGGAAAUUUUGUCUAUGCGACAGAUUCUUGAUGCUCGAGCUUGUGAGCACAAAAUCGAAAGGACGAUGGAACACGGGUAUUACUUGCUUUCGGAUACAGAAAUAUUAUCGUCGUGGGCUGUUAAUGCAAACACGGCGGGAGGCCUUUCGUUGUUGCCACCGUCUCAUCCUUCGUAUUGGUUUCGCAUAAAUGAGAUGCCGCCUCAUCCAGAGAAGAACGUCGAAAGGGUCCGUCGUCAGUUCAGACGCCGUCUCCUCCCGAGGCAUCGUCUCGUCCGUCGGUGUGUUUAUCAUUCGUAUCGCUGUUGUGCCCUGGUCACUGCCCAUGUCUGUGCAUUGGUUAUUUCCCCUGACGAAAUUCCUGGCCUUUCAUCGAGCUUCACCCCGUUCCCGAGUGGGAUGCGAAUGCGGGUUCAAGUUUUCAACCAAGUCACACCACAAGCAACCUCCAUUACACUGUCCACAGCACAUUUGAUAGCAUACCGCAUUCUCUCAUACUGCCUGGUAUGCAAUACGUGCCUCUUCCCUUCCGACCUCGCUCUCCCUAGGCCUUCUUUUGUUCCCGUUGGCUCCGCAGGGCAUAUAAUAGCACCUUGA